AUGAUGGACGAGGCUGUCGGCGAGCCAACACCACAUAGCCCGAUACGCCCAAUGAUCUCACUAGAGACGGCCAACACCCCAAUAACACCACCACCUCAGAUGACCGGUGCGGCAUCUGAGGCACCACCAUCCGGUGGCCCGCCACCUUCCCUUGCAACAGCUGCUUCUUUCGUUACAACCUACACACCAAUACCCAUACUGAAUAGCAUAACGCCACCGUUGUUCCCUAAUGACGGCAGACGUAAUCCGCCCACUUUACCUCCUAUUACGCUAUUUUUUCCAAACAACGCUGGUUUCAGUUUCUUACCAUUACCCAUGCACACCAUAAAUGAGCAACGGAAAACGACAAUCAUAACACCAUCGUUGAACGGGAUGCCCUCGCUUACGCCCACAACACCGGCGAAUAACACUGCUAAUGGCCCAAGUGUCAUUCUCCAAGCGUAA